AGUUGUCGGUGUUUGAUAUUUUUUGGAUGUCUCUGAUAUGUUCGCGGUUGGCUGCACAUCCCUGUGAAGCCCUGCCUUCUGAGAUGAGUUAUAGCCAUCUGCCGGAUUACAGUCUGUACGCAGCCAGUGAGGCUUUAUUCUGUUUGAAUGAGGAAAACAUCGUGUCUGCCUGCCUGAGAGCUGUCACAUGGGGCCGAGAAAGGGGAAAAAUCGCUUCCUGAAAUGAUCCUCGUCACCGGCGGUGUAUUGUUUUGUGUUUUUUUCUCUCUAACAUCGCAUCGCAUUUAAUUUUCCCAUCCGGAUCUUUGUGUGUGUGUGUGCCGAUGAUGAUUAGCAAAGUUAAAAACGCGAUGUCCACUCUGGUGGGAGGGAUGAUGCCGCACGGACACCACCACCACCACAACCAUCACUCAGGUGGCGGCCAGACCUGCGGACCGGACAGUCUGCCGCCGCGCUUCCCCUACGGCCGGCCGGAUUUCUUGGACCUCACCCCGGAGCUCCUGCAGUACUCCACCGAGCACGCAUCACGGCCGGUGCUCACGUUAAAGAGAGACAGCAGGCUUCCCUGGCGGACGGGAUACGCAGAGGUGAUCAAUGCGGGGAAGAGCAUGCUGAACGAGGACCAGGCCUCUUGUGAGAAGCUAUUCGUGAAGAAGCCGAGUGGCAAACACCGCAACUCCUCUCUGCUGGAGGACAAUGGGGAUGGUACAGGAAUCCCUCUCCACUUCUGGGGCGUGUUUGAUGGACAUGCAGGUUCUGGUGCCGCCAUUAUGGCCUCCAAGCUUCUUCACCGCCUCAUCAGAGAUCGUUUGAGUGAAAUUUGCCACCUGCUGGAGAGCCCCAACAGUGCGCCUCCCAUCUGCCUAGCUAAGAACGGCAGCCCAUACCAGGCGGACACGAAGAAGGGGGCCGCACAAGAAACAGAAGACCCCGAUGCUGUCAACGACUCUACAGUGCGCUUUCACAUGGAGAAGGUUGUCAGUUUGGAGAGCCUGGUGAUGGGAGUCAUAGAGACCGCCUUCUCACAGAUGGAUGACCUAAUUGAGAAGGAAAAAACAUCAUAUGCCAUCUCUGGUGGGUGUUGUGCCUUAGCUGCCAUUCAUUUAAUGGGAAAACUCUACGUAGCCAAUGCUGGAGAUAGCAGGGCCAUAAUCAUACGAAAUAAUGAAGUUGUUCCCAUGACGAAUGAAUUCACACCUGAGUCAGAGAGACAGCGGCUACAGUAUCUGGGCUUCCUGAGGCCAGAGCUCCUGGGUAAUGAGUUCACUCACAUUGAGUUCCCUCGGAGGAUCCAGCACAGUGAGCUGGGGAAAAAGAUGCUCUACAGAGACCACACCAUGACUGGCUGGGCUUAUAAGACUAUCGUCGAAGAUGACCUAAAAUUCCCUCUGAUAUAUGGAGAGGGUAAAAAGGCACGUGUCAUGGCGACAAUCGGAGUGACCCGUGGGCUUGGAGAUCACGACCUGAAGGUGUACAACUCCAACAUUUACAUCAAGCCCUUCCUCUCAUGUGUCCCUGAGGUAAAGGUUUAUAACGUGGAUGAAAACAAACACGGCCCAGACGACGUCUUGGUCAUGGGCACAGAUGGAUUAUGGGACGUAACGACAGACAGGGAAGUGGCAGAUGCUGUGUCAGCUUACUUAUCCUGCUGUGACCCUUCUGAUCCCAUGAGGUACACUCUGGCAGCCCAGGACCUGCUGAUGAGAUCACGCGGUGUGCUUAAAGAGCGCGGCUGGCGGUUACCCAACGAAAGACUGGGCUCAGGCGAUGACAUCACAGUGUUUGUCAUCCCACUGGCGGGGCAGGAGUCAGACUCAUGACAAGGUGUUGCAGAGACUGCUAUGACGGGGACGACCCUGAACUGACGGGGCGACGGGAGAACAAAACCCCUUUGUCACUGAGAGGACUCGGUCUGAGCCGCACCUUCAUCAACCCAGACCGCGUCACUUUACUUCAGCCCAACCCAGGAUCCAACAUCAUUUGGUUGGUCUCGGUCAUGUAACUAAAAAUUUUCAUUGACAUUAUAAGAGAACUUUUCCUCCCAGACCUGCUGUUUGUGAAAGUUGCCAGUGAGAAUUAAACCCUUGUUGUAUUUUCGUUUCCUGUUUAUGUUUGAGGCUGGACUGCUACUCAAUCCUUUAAAUGGAUUGCUCAUUUUCAUGUCAUGCCCUGAAUGUGACUCUCUUUUGUAAAAAAAAAAAGAAAGAAAGAAAGAAAAAGAAAAGCCUCUUGCAGUUUCACAAUCAUAUUUUUAAAGAGGAUUGCAGUAAAGAAUGCAAGGAAGCCAAAGAGAUGCUGUUAUUGGGGGUGGGUGAUACCAAAACUUCAAUCCAAUACCAAGUAAUACAGGGCCAGAAACACCAAUAUUAAUACAGAUACUUUUAUUAUUAAAAGUGGCUUAUGUUGUCUAAUGUAGGGGAAAGCAGUGUGUCGUGACUUAUGAGGUAAAUAAUCAGUCUGCUGGAAUAACAGCCAAUAAUGACCAAUUAUAGUUUGUAAACCACCAGUUUCAUCAUAAUAUGAUAUUAUAUCAAUUCUCUGGACAACACUGCAGUUUUUGGGACCUGCAAUUGACAUGAAAUGAUAUCACAAACAGCUGUUUUUUGCUUGUCACACAAUGUUAGCUUAAGCACUUUAACAUUACAUAAAUUAGCCUACCGUCUUGCAGAAUUUAGCUUUCAAUUUAAAUGUAAUAUUUAUAUUUUUUUCUUACUCAGCACUGGAUAAAGUCGCUGCAUCUCCUGACAAACCAGUGCAGUACUUUCAGCCCGCAUACAUGUGUUUUGGUCUAACAUCAUUGAAACAGAGCAGCUAAUGUUGCUUCUUUGCUAUUAGAAGCUAGCAGACUGAGAUGCCCGGCCAGGAAGGUACAUUGUUGUUAAUCCCAUAAAAUUUUUCUUUUCAUACAGCAUGUGCUCUGUAUGUUGACCCUUAUUUUCUCCAAAAUACAAAAUAUUUCCACUCUGCUGAUUUAUUCAAAGGCGCUAUCCUCGUUUACCCUCUCUUGGCGGCUGGCCAUAAUCUGCCUGCCGCUGACAGUUGCAAAGAAUUUCAAAAUAAAGGCACAUCCUAAAGAUGAUGAUAUGAUUGAUUGAUCAAAUUGCAUCAUUGAUCACUGAAUAGAUAUAUUGAUCCAAAUGGUUUACGCAGAUAAGUUUUACUCUUGAAAAUCAAAUGGGUACAAUGUAGAAGAGAGAGACUGAUGACUAUAUAUUAGUAUCAGUCCUAUUAAUGAUGGAAUUGAUCUUCAAAACAAAAACUUGGUAUUGGUAUUUUGGUACUGAUCUGCCCACCCCUAGCUGUUAUGACAGAAGGAUGGAAAUCUGUAAAUCAAUAUAUAAAACAUAAACAGCAAAAAGAAAAAAAAUCAUUAGCGUCAUGUCUGUACAUUAAAGAAGCAUGUAGGAAGCAAAAACAGGAAUGGACCUUUUUUCAGCACACAGAUUCAGUCUGUA